AUGGCCGCGAUGCCCAACGACGCUCCGAUUGCGCCAAGCCCAGAAACCACAACACCAAAAACCCCUACGGCAGCUGAAAUUGAACAAGAAAAGGAGCAGUCCCGACGAGCUGCUGCUAAAGCGAGGGGCAUUGCCGUAAAGGCUGCAGGGGCCUCUGAUGACGCAUUAAUAAAUCCUGUCGCGUCCAUCUGGCCGCCCCCAUACUAUUUCGAGGAUGACUUGCGACGAGUACGCCCAUAUCACUGGACCUACAAUACCUACUGCAAGGAAAGAUGGCGGGGAAGAUCGUUGAUCGAGAUUUUCGAAUCCGAGUUCCGAGACCGACCUGUCGAAUACUACAGAAAGUCGAUGGAAACAGGCGACAUCUUUGUCAAUGGAAUCAAAGUCGGUCCUGAUUAUGUGCUUCGAAAUGGAGACUUAAUCUCUCAUACGCUGCAUCGACACGAACCUCCGGUAACAUCAGACCCUGUUGGAAUUAUCCACGAAGACGACGACAUGAUUGUCAUCAACAAGCCUUCUGGGGUGCCCGUGCACCCUGCCGGUCGAUACAAGUUCAAUUCAGUAUUGGAAAUCAUGAAGGCCGAGCGCGGACAACAAUUCAUGCCGUAUCCGUGCAACAGACUGGAUCGUCUGACUAGUGGAAUCAUGUUUGUCGCCAAGAGCGUCAAGGCGGCGGAAGCAUUGGGCAAUCAGAUCAAGUCGCGGACAGUGAGGAAGGAGUACAUGGCCCGGGUUGUAGGCGAGUUCCCUGAGGGCGAGGUCGUUUGCGACCAACCCAUUUUAUCAAUAUCGCCGAAGCUUGGUCUCAACCGUGUACGGGCCGAAGGCAAGACAGCGCGGACGGUGUUCAAGAGACUGGCAUACUACCCUCCGAGGGACAGUGCAGCGACAAACGGUCAACCAGAGGCGCCCGAACCUACAAAUGAGGAACUAUCCAGAUUACCGACAGAGGCGGGUGACGAGUCCAAUGGCAAGCCUUGGAUAAAUAAGCGAGGGUACUCGAUUGUUAGAUGUCUUCCCGUUACAGGCAGAACACAUCAGAUUAGAGUGCACUUGCAGUACCUGGGCCAUCCCAUCCAGAAUGACCCCAUUUACGCAAACCAAAGAGUAUGGGGGUUCAACCUGGGCCGCGACGAUGCUGAUGGCACAGUCAACACAGACGAGGAUGUCAUCAGCAGACUGUCGCGCAUGGGUAAGGAGGAAGUGGCACAAGCUGUAGUCUACUACGACGAAAUGGUGGACAAGUACGAGAAGAAGCGAGCAGAAAAGAUGACGGGCGAAGUAUGUGAGAUAUGCGCCACACCGUUAUACUCUGACCCAGGAAUGCAUGAACUCUCCUUAUGGCUUCACAGCUUAAGGUAUGAGGAUGCUGGUGGAGCUUGGUCCUACAAGAGUCCUCUGCCAAAAUGGGCGCUUCCCCCAGAGGGCAUGGCCGGACCAACCACCGUUGGCGGGAUGGAAGAACUGGUGGAGGCUGUCAAAGAUGAGAAUCCAGAGAUCAUGGGAUGA